AUGCGCGAGGAACACAAAGGCAGCACGCCAGGACUAAUCGUUGAACGCAACCAACUAACGAAGGUGAAUACAUUCCCUUCGGUCGAGUUUACCAUCCCACCAAGUGAUCCACCAACCGAGAGGGUCAUUUCAAAAUGCCAUUCGCACCAAACUCCUACUGCCGAUGCCCUGGCGCAAACGGAAAAGUCGGAUGCCCUUGAAGGAGGCCAACAUCCCAGUGCUGCUCUUCGCGAUGAAGAGGCAUUGUCAGUGACUACCACCAACCAGGGUGAGGUAUCGUAUCCAGAGGGCGGCCUUGAAGCAUGGCUCGUCGUGCUUGGUAGCUUCCUUGGGGCUUUCAUUGCCUUUGGAAUGAUGAAUACCAUUGGUAUAUUCCAUUCCUAUCUGGGCGAGAACCAACUUAAGGAUUACUCGGAGAGCACUGUGGGAUGGAUCUUCAGCGUAUUCGUCUUCCUCUCCUUCUUCUGCGGGAUUCAGAUUGGCCCCAUCUUUGAUGCCCACGGUCCCAAGCUCCUUGUCGCCACCGGUUCAGCCCUCAUGGUUGCAACUUCGUUCCUCCUCGGAGUUUGCACCCAGUACUGGCACUUCCUUAUCGUGUUCGGCAUCCUCGGCGGCACGGGAGCCUCGCUCAUCUUCACCCCCGCCUUCGGAGCAAUCGGCCACUUCUUCCUCGAGAAGCGUGCCAACGCAACGGGCAUCGCCGCGGCAGGAGGUUCCCUCGGCGGCAUCAUCUUCCCCCUGAUGCUGCAGGACCUCCUCCCGCGCGUCGGCUUCGCCUGGUCGACCCGCAUCAUGGGCUUCAUCUUCCUCUUCUGCGGCAUCAUCGCCGUGUCGCUUGUCAAGUCCCGACUGCCCCCCAAGCGCGGCCAAUCCGUGAUGCCGGACCUCCUUAUCCUCCGCCACCGCGGCUACCUCCUCCUAACCCUCGGCACUUACUUCAUGGAGUGGGCGCUCUUCGUCCCGAUAACGUACCUCACGACGUUCGCGACCUCGACCGGCACGCUCUCCUCCUCCUUCUCCUACCAGCUCAUCGCCAUCUUCAACGCAGGAUCCUGCCUGGGCCGCUGGGCCCCCGGCUACCUCGCCGACCGCCUCGGCCGCUUCAACUCGAUGAUCGCGACGCUCGCCCUCUGCGCCGCCACCUCCGUCACCCUGUGGCUGCCCACCGCCGUCCUGACGCCCACCCCGGAGAACGCCCCCACCAUCAAGGCCCUCAUCAUCGUGUUCGCCGUCACAUUCGGCUUUGCGUCCGGCUCCAACAUCUCGCUGACCCCCGUCUGCGUAGGCCAGCUCUGCGAGACGAAUCAGUACGGAAGGUACUACGCUACGUGCUACACUAUCGUGAGCUUCGGCACCCUGACGGGUAUUCCGAUCGCGGGCGCGCUCAUCCAGGCGGCGGGCGGGAGCUACUGGGGCGUCGUGGUGUGGACGUUCGUGUGCUAUCUUGUUUCGCUCGGCUGCUUCCUUUGGUCGCGGGCUUGUCAGGUUGGGUGGAAGUUGGGGGAGAAGUACUAG